GCUGAAGCCAUUUUGAGGCAGCUGCCCAAAGGGAGCGCCAUUCUCUCUCGCCAUUUGUGCUUGGGGGAUAUCCGGGGCGAGUUCGUCCGUUUAUUUGGUGCGGAAAGAUGGGAUUUCGCCAAGUUCAGCCCAGACAUGGAGAAGCUUGCCGGAUCUGGGCCCGCUGAAUUUUUGGAAAUCGGAAUCCCAAGAGAGCCCGAGGAUUUUGUCAAGGAGGCCAUCGCCAGAGGUCACCCCAGAGCCUUCUGUUUCAGACCUAACUGGGAGUUGAGGUCGCUGGCCGCCGACAGCCUGGGCGCCGACACGAGCGAAGUUGAGAAGGCGCGGACGACCUUCUUCAAGAAGUGGCUAACGAGGGCGCUGCGCUUGAGAAAGGAGGAGCAAUCCAAAUGGGAAUCUCUCGCACCCCACUUGAGACCGAUCCUGAAAGGAAAAAGACUUGUCUUGUGGAAGCAGAUCCUCAUGGAAAUGGGAUAUGCUGAUGCAGGCGUCCUGGAUGAGGUGGCGGAUGGAUUCGCUCUCUCUGGUUGGAUGACGGCAAGCAAGAUCUUCAAGCCUUUUGUCAGACCUCCAAAGUUUUCUGUCAACAAGCUUCGUGAAGUGGCCAAAGGACUCAAUAAUGCUGUUGUGGCAAAAGUCCUGACGGAAAAUGAGCUGACUCUGGAGCAGGAGAUUUGGCGUCAAACGCAAGAAGAAGUCGCUUGCGGAUGGCUUGCUCUUGAUGACGACAACAGCAUUGAGGACAAGAUCCUUGCGUACCGCUUUGCUGUGGUGCAGCGCAAUAAGGUUCGGAUGAUUGACGAUUUUUCUUUGGGAGGAUUGAACAGCACAUGUGGACUUCCGGAACGGCUUGAAGUAGAACCUGUUGACUCGGUGCUGGCCAUGGCAGUGCAAGCCAUGGGGGAAGAUCCAGGCUCAAGGAGCAUCGUGGGACGGACUUACGACCUGGUCUCCGCCUAUAAGCAGUUCGGAGUAUGCCCUUCAGAUGUUGAAACGUUGCGUAUUGCAGUUAAGGUGCCAGGCGAACGGGAAUUCAGGCUCUACAAGGUCCUGGCGCUCCCGUUUGGCGCGGUCGCUAGCGUGGCAGCUUUCUUGAGGAUAGCAAGGAGCAUCGUCCAUAUCGCCAGGGAAGGAUUGCGAGUGCCUAUCACUUCUUUCUUUGACGACUUCACGGCGCUGGCUGUCGAGUCUGGCGCUGAGAGCACAAACUUCGCCGUGACGGGCUUGUUCAAACUCCUGGGCGUCCAGUACGCAAGAGAGGGACCAAAAGCUCCCGACUUUGCUGCGGUCUUUUCAUGUCUCGGAGUUGUGGUGGACAUGAACCAUUUCCGGGGUGGCUCCAUUGCGGUCAUGCACACCGAACAAAGGGUGCUGGAGUUGAAGGAGACGCUCGGUCAGAUAUUGUCCUCGGGCACUUUGAGCCGAAAAGAAGCGGAGAAGCUGCGUGGAAGGUUGAUAUGGUUUUCUUCUUUUGUAUUUGGCAGGAGGCCUAACAGGGCUGUGGCUACACUGAGUGCUAUCGCGUCAGGUGCCUCGCAUUCGUCCUCGUUGGCUGAAGAGCACAAACUUGCCCUGGCGUCCCUUCUGGAGUAUGUCAACGUUUGCAGGCCCGUCUCGAUCUCAAGACGUAUUCUGGAAUGUUGGUACAUAUUCACGGAUGGCGCCUUUGAACCACAUGAAGCAGAGCCUGGGUCUGUGGGUGGAGUCCUAGUGUCACCUUCAGGAACGGCUUGUGCAUGCUUUGGUAGUAAAGUGCCGCGCUCGAUCAUGGAUUCCCUUUUGGCACACCGAGACCACCCCAUUUUUGAACUGGAGUUGCUGCCGGUUUGGAUCUCCUUCGACCUGUGGGGAAACGCUUUGAGAGAGAGGCAAUUGGUGGUUUACAUAGACAACAGUGCUGCGCAAGGGGCGUUAGUGAGAGGACGCACCGAAGGUACAAUUGCCAACUACCUGAUUGAGAGAUGCUUGGAGCUAGAGCCAGGGCAUCAGCAGUCGUGGUAUGGACGCGUACCCUCCCAUUCCAAUGUGAGUGACGGUCCAAGCAGGCUAGAUUUUAGCCAUCCUCUUCUGGCAUCAGCAAGUAAGGUGGAAAUCUCAUGGACGAAAUUUCAGAUCCGUGACCACUUGUAACUGGGGAGUUGCGGGUGCUCACAGGAACCACACCUUACAGGUGCCCUGAGUAUGAGCGGUUGGCCCGGAGGAUGAAUUUAAUUUUUCGAGACUCCCCACUUGCGCAAACCAGAAGAGGAAGCCG